AUGACUAACCAAUAUCAUCGCUGCGGCGCAGAGGCGCGGGCUUUAUCAUCUAGUCGACCAGCGACUAUUGAUGAUAAAUCCUCUAUAACGUUUGUCACAUCUGUGGUCAUUCCUGGGUUUGACAAUCAUCCACAAAUAAAUGAAGUUUAUGCCAAAAAAGAAGUAAAUGGAAAUGAUCAACACGAGAUAAUUAAUAGUAACAAAGGACAAUUUCCAAGAACAGUAGAAUGGCAAAUAGCCCUAGAAGAGGAAUGGGGUAAAUUGAACCUGAUAUUUUUAUUUAAAUUGGUUAAUGGUGUUUUUAAAAUUGUAAUUGAAACAAAAAGCGGCAUGUUAAACAUUAAUGCCUCUAUUAAAUAA